GGAUGUUUCCCCGAUGGAAAAAUGGCGUCCCUAUAAACAGCUGAGUCUCGUUGUUGUGUUGAUAAAGCAUCCGUUAGCUUCAUCCGUACUGAUCCAUCCAGUUCAUCCAGACUUUAUGUAGCUCUGGAUAAACUUGUCGGAGGUAUUUUUAGGUGGUCAACUUUGUCUUUCCUGGAUGUUUUCCUCUCACUCGUUUCCCGGCGGCGAUUCAGCUUAGCGUGUCUGGUAGGCCGAAGCUAGCAACACAGCGUUGGCGAGUUUUAAGGGAAGUAAACGGUGUUUGGAGGACGUUUCUGUCGAGUGAUAAUGUCUAAACUCCAAAUUUUGAGAUCUUUAGUCAACCAGCGACUAACAAGUAUCGAAGAUGAAAUAUUUGUGCUGUUUGAAAGAACGAUAGCCGAGUACGAGGAGGAAGCUUCUCGGUUAAAGGAGGAGAACGAGCGACUGAAGAAACAAGUGAACGCAACUCUCAACCCUAAGCUUCGCUUACACAGAACAGACGUCCAGCAGCGGUCGGUGUUUAAACAAGAGAAGCGAGAGUGGAGCUCCAAUCUGGACCAGGAGGACCAAGAGUCCCCCCACAUUAAAGAGGAACAGGGGUACAUAGAGCCCACCCACGUUAAAGAGGAACAGGGGUACAUAGAGCCCACCCACGUUAAAGAGGAACAGGGGUACAUAGAGCCCACCCACAUUAAAGAGGAACAGGAGUACCUAGAGCCCACCCACAUUAAAGAGGAACCCUGGAGCGGUCAGGAGGGAGAGCAGCUUCAAGGCCUGGAGGAGGCUGGCAUCAAGGUCUCAUUCAUUCCUGUGGAGAGUCAAGAUGAUGAAGAGGAAGCUCAGUCCUCACAGCUUGAUCAAACCGAAACAGAAGCUGAUGGAUCUUACAGCUGCUCAGAGUGUGGUAAAUGUUUCACUCAAAUUGGGCAUUUAAAGAUCCACAUUAGAUGUCACACAGGUGAGAAACCUUUCAGCUGCCCGCACUGUGGUAAAUGUUUCACUCAAGUUGGAAAUUUAAAUAGCCACAUAAGAUGUCAUACAGGUGAGAAACCAUUCAGCUGUUCAUACUGUGGUAAAUGUUUCACCACAAGUGGAAAUUUAAAUAGCCACAUUAGAUGUCACACGGGGGAGAAACCGUUCCGCUGCUCAGACUGUGGCAAAUGUUUCACUCAAGUUGGAAAUUUAAAGAUCCACACUAGAUGUCAUACAGGGGAGAAACCGUUCCGCUGCUCAGACUGCGGUAAAUGUUUCACUACAAGUGGACGUCUGAAGACACACAUGACACUUCACAACGGAUACAAACUUUCAGCUGAAAACAGAGUCACCCAGAAGUAAACCUCCAGUAGUUUUUUUUUUUUUUUGAUGAAGUUGACAUUGCUUCCUCAGGGGGGUUCUGAUGGUGACCUCUUCUGAUUUAAUUUGAGAGGGUGAGUAUUUUUCAGUUUCGGCUGGAAAAAUUGACAGCGGACUUGGCUCAAUGCCGAUAUGCAUGUGGACGUUGACCAAACAGUGGUUGAUAGUCUUCAAGAAGCAGCCAGCCAACUUUAUAUCUUGACCUCUGUCCUGUUCAAAAAUAAAAAAAUCCGGACAAAGGACAUCUUGGAUCGAAAAGUUAAAUCAAAAGUACCGUCCCGGGAAGCUGUUGGUGUCCAGUGGGCCAUGUUGUGUGAAGUUUGAUAACGGCGGGAAAAAUGUUGAUGCUGUACGCUACAUGGUGGCAAACAGGAAUUCACUCAUUGCAAAGUUGUUGAAGAAACUUGUUGACUAACCAAGUCCUACCACACUUGAUGAAUAAAUAAAUCUCUCAUCACGCCGAUAGUCUACACGAGGGAUUACCAUGGAAACGUGUUCCCAGCAGAAACCUCCUGUUGGAAAAACUGCAAAUGUCACGUUAUGAUUAAAAGGUCACGUCUGUAUUGUUCGAUCUUGAUGACAUGUCAGUGUCAAGGAGGACGCGCUGUGUCUCAUGAUGGUCAGAUGUACGUCUCCAGACAAUAACAGGAGGUCUGGAACAAUCAGACCAGACUGUACGUGCACAACCGUAUGUAAAGUAUAAAUGGUGACUCCGGAAAGAAGAUCUUUGAAUAGGGUUGACACUGAUGCGCCAAGUCUGUCUCCUGUUUUGCAAACAUUAAAUGUCCUGUUUUUGAUGAUU